UUAGUUUUCAUAGGAUUCUAGUUUGAGACCUUGAAUAACCAUGCCUGUUCCAGAUGUUAUGUUCUGUGCACAGCAGAUUCAUGUUCCACCUGAACUGCCAGAUAUUAUGAAACAAUUUACCAAAGCAGCUAUCAGGACUCAACCACGUGAUGUUCUCCAGUGGUCUUAUGGGUACUUCUAUGCUUUGUCAAGAGGGGAGCCUCUUCCUGUAAAAGAACGUGUUGAAAUGCCAAUUGCCACACAGAAAAAUGAUACUGGUUUGACCCCUGGCCUCCUUAAAGUUUUGCAUAAACAGUUACAUCAAAAGAAGACUGUGGAUUUAAUAGAUCUCCAUAAAAAGUGGAAGACUUUGUGCUUACCAGUAGAACAACUGCGCAAUCUUCUUCAUUUAGAUACCUUUGCAGAUGGAGUAGAAUGGAUGAAAUUUUUUGCCCUUUGCUGUAGUGCUCUUGGUGGGACCCUGCUCAGUUCGAUGAAGCAUGCGUGUGAAAUUCUGACGCUUGAUCCAGAGGGUGGACCAGCACGUAUUCCAUAUGUUACUUUUCACUUUCUCUACACCUACUUGGCUAGCUUAGAUGAUGAAGUAACAGAGGAAGUAUCCGAGUCUUUUCUCAAGUCUCUUAAAGAACAAGUGGCACGGAAGGACUAUAUGGUUGGUACUGCUGAUUUCUCCACUGUAAAAUUGAUGUCUUAAAACAGGAAUAUUUGAGAGUAACAAAUUUUUAGUACAUAGCAAAAUGUCAUGUUGAAUAGUGUAAAAAAAUUAGAGUUUUCAUUAAUGUAAUCUCUAAUGUGCUUUUCAGUUUGUGAACUACCAAUAAAAUGUGUACUACCUAAUUGUCUGAAGUCAGAUUAUGGUAUUUUAUGAAUAUUAAUUACUCCUUCAACAAGCAGUAUUUAGAGUAGAAAAUCUAAUCAGUAAGCAGAUAAUUGAAUGGAGAUUUCUAUUUCCAGAGUCAAUCUGGUUAUGCCAUCCAUUCAGUGAAGAGACCAUCGUAAGUGAUGUAGUAUCGAGUGUGCAGUUCUCCCAGGGCUCCUUCCAGACUCGGAAUUUAAUAGUAUCUUCUAGAUUUCUCCUUCUGUAAUUGAGACCCUUAUAUAUAAUAUCUGGGCAACAAUCAUAUAAAUGAAAAAUGAUGGUCUACAGCUGUCCAUUAUUUUUAUUUUCUGAUGUCUGGAUAUACAUACAUAUGGUGUCAAUUCAUUAUCUGCAAAAUCAUGAUAACACUUAACAUCAUAUGUUUGUUGGCACUGUCAAAAUAAUUCAGUUUGGUCUAGUGGACCAGACUAGAAAGUGGGAGUUCAAAUCCCACUUUAGCCAUGAAAGCCAGCUUGGUAACUUUAGGCCACUUACUCUC